AGGUCAGCUCAAAACAUGGAGAGAGGAGCAAAGAGACAAAGAGGAGGUGAUAGUGAGGAGGGGGCCGGGGGCAGGGGCUCGGCGGAGAGGCCGCCGUGGGGGGAGGCCGAGGUGCUGGCUCUGGUGGCGGCGUGGGACGAGGCGGGAGGCCGGCGCGCCGACACCAGAGCCACGUUUGAGUCCAUCUCAGAGCGCCUGAGGAGGCUCAGCGUGGAGCGCGGCUGGUGGGAGUGUCGGGCCAAGUGCCGGAGCCUGGGCCUCCAGAGCGCCACCCCGGGAGGAGGGGGGAGGACGGAGGAGCGCUGGGAGGAGGAGGAGGAGGAGGAGGAGGCGAGCCACACAGGAAGCUUCCCGAUGCAGGAAGGCCUGAAGGCGCCGCCGCCGCCGCCCCCCCGGGCCCCCGCCCUGGCCGCCGCCGAGGAGGGCGGCCGCCACUGGACGGACGACGAGGUGCGGGCGCUGCUGUGCGUGUGGGCCGACCGGCGCGUGCGGGAGCGCCUCAAGUGCACGCUGCGCAACAAGUCCAUCUUCCAGGAGAUGGCGCGCCGCAUGCAGAGGGGCUUCGGCGUCGUGCGCAACUGGAAGCAAUGUCGGACCAAAUACAAGAACCUCAAGUACGACUACAAGACCGCCAGGAGCGCCCACGCCGCGGGAGGCGCCGGGGCGGGGGGGGGCGGCCCGGGGAAGUACAUGAAGUUCUUCGACGAGGUGGAGGCCAUCCUGCUGGACCGGGGGCCGGACUACGGCGCCGCGGAGACGCAGGCGAGGCCGAGCGAGGGAGGGGGCGGGGCCGGGAGGCUGCGGGCGCCGCCGGCCGAGGAGAGCGAGGUCGUCAUCGAGAUCGAAGACGACGACAACAGCGAUGGUGACGAUAUGGAGGAAGAUGUGGGGGCAAAGUGGAGAGGAACAGAUGGCCACCUAACGCUCUGCGACCCGUCCGGCUCCGAGCAGUUCCACGUGGUCACGGUGGCGGACACGGGCCGCAACUGGAGCGACCAGGAGGUCCGGGCGCUGAUCCGCGUCUGGUCCGACCGGCGCGUGUGCCGCCAGCUGGAGAGCUCCACCAGGAAGAGGGACAUCUUCGUCCAGAUCUCCAACCGGCUGAUGCAGCAGGGCAUCGAACGCGACUGGAAGCAGUGCCACACCAAGUACAAGAACCUCAAGUACCUCUACCGCUCGCUGCAGAGGGGGCGGAGCUCCGAGGCCGACCCGAGGCGCCUCAUGAGGUUCUACGACGAGGUGGACGCCAUCAUGAACCGCCCCGCCGACGGCUCGCCGUACCGCGCGGGGGGGCUCCUGCCGUCGGAGGGCGGCGAGGAGAACGAGCCCGACCAGACGAACGGGGCGAGCGAGACGGGGGGGGCGGCGACAGACGACCCCACAGACAGAGACUCCGCCUCCUCGGUGAGCCUCGACGUUACCCCGGGCAACAGCAAACCGGUACCGGAGCGCCGCUCGGAUCCGAUCCGAUCCAGCUCUUGUGAAACCCAAGUGAAGACAGAAGAACCCCCCCCCGCCAGCCGAAGGAAGAGGAAAGCAGCGGAUGGAGACGUCACACUCCAAACCCCCCCAAAGAAGCUUCCCUGUGACACCACGGAGUGCAAAGAGGAGCCGGAUCACAUCCCCAUCAUGAAGAUAGACUCUGUGUGCUCGAUGCCCUCGCAGGCUCCGCCCCCAGACAGCGAGGAGAGUCGCUCGCGGCAGACCUUCACCAUGACGUCCUCCCCCCCAGAGCUGAAAGUCGGCCAGAAGCUGAACGAGGGGAAGACGAAGCAGAUCUUCCUCCUGGAGGAUCAGCCCGGGAUGGUCCUGGUCCAGUCCAAGGACCAGAUCACGGCCGGGAACGCCGUGAGGAAGGACCAGAUGGAGGGCAAGGCGGCCAUCGCCAACGGGACCGCGGGCUGCGUGUUCCGCCUCCUGCAGGACUGCGGCAUCAAGACGGCCUUCGUGAAGCAGCACUCGGACACGGCCUUCAUCGCCGCCCACUGCGAGAUGAUUCCCAUCGAGUGGGUCUGCCGCAGAGUGGCCACGGGGUCCUUCCUCAAGAGGAACCCGGGGGUCAAGGAAGGCUACCGCUUCUCCCCCCUCAAGAUGGAGAUGUUCUUUAAGGACGACGCCAACAACGACCCCCAGUGGUCCGAGGAGCAGCUGCUGGAGGCCAAGUUCUCCCCGGCCGGGCUCGCCAUCGGCCAGUGCGAGGUGGACGUGAUGAGCCGCAGCACCGUGGCCAUCUUUGAGAUCCUGGAGAAGUCCUGGGCCACUCAGGACUGCACGCUGGUGGACAUGAAGAUCGAGUUCGGGGUGAACGUGAAGACCAAGGAGAUCGUCCUCGCCGACGUGAUUGACAACGAUUCAUGGCGUCUGUGGCCGGCCGGAGACCGGAGUCAGCAGAAAGAUAAGCAGGUGUACCGCGACCUGAAAGAAGUGACCCCCGAGGCCAUGCAGAUGGUGAAGAGGAACUUUGAGUGGGUCUCUGAGAGGGUCAAGCUGCUGCUGGAGCCUCGGGCCGGCGGCAGGGUGGUGGUUCUGAUGGGCUCCACCUCGGACCUGGCUCACUGUGAGAAGAUCAGGAAGGCCUGCACCUCCCUCGGGGUCCGCUGCAUCCUGAGGGUCACCUCGGCACACAAGGGUCCCGACGAGACGCUGCGCAUCAAAGCCCAAUAUGAAGGUGACGGCGUGCCCACCGUGUUCGUAGCGGUGGCCGGAAGAAGCAACGGCCUCGGCCCGGUGAUGUCCGGGAACACGGCGUAUCCCGUCAUCAACUGCCCGCCCCUCACCCCGGACUGGGGGGCGCAGGACGUCUGGUCCUCCCUGCGCAUGCCGAGCGGUCUGGGCUGCUCCACCAUCCUCUCCCCCGAGGCCGCCGCCCAGUUCGCGGCUCAGAUCUUCGGGCUGACCGACCACCUGGUGUGGGGCAAGCUGAGGGCCUCCAUGCUCAACACCUGGGUGGCCCUGAAGCUGGCCGACCAGAAGCUGCAGGCCUGCAGCCUCUGAGGCGGCGCCUCGCUCGGGGCUCCGCCCCCUUUUCCUCCUGCCUUUCUCCCGCCGAAACGCUUCCAUUAAAAUAGAGUUCAGUGCUUCUGUAGUGGUUUUGUCCCAUGAAACCUUUUCCCCAGCAGAUACUCGGCAUGUCGCAGCAGGAGAACAUUCCAUCGUGUGACUCGCCGUCGGGCUAAUGGGAAACUAAAUGAUGACUAAAUCAGAUUCACCGCCAUCACGAGGCUGAAUGUCUAUUUCUGCUCACUAACUUUUGCAAAUAAAUACCUUUCUGACGCAAUAAUGAA